AACUUUAACAGAAGUCUUCCUAAAUACACACCACUUGGAGUUCUUCAGGGAGUUCCUCAAAGAACGGAAGGCUGAAGGCCCAUUGCAGUUCCUGAUUGCAGCACAAAAGAUCAGUUUGGAGUCCAGUGAAAAGAUUCAAAAGUCUCUCCUUGAAAAUUUAAUCAAGACUUACUUCCAUGGCAAUAUCUCUCCCGAAGAUAUCCUGCAAUGUGAUGCCCCUAUUAUCGAAGACAUCACUCGCAUGCAAAAUGUCACAAUGAGCAAAUUGUUUAUACUCCAGGAAUGUGUCAUGAAGUCUCUGGAAGAAAAGUGGUUUAAGGAUUACCAAGAGCUGUUCCCACCUCGUCCUCAAGAGGUGGAAAUUGAAGUACAAACUACACAUAGGAAGCCCUCAAAGACAGCAACAACUUACCUACAGGAAUUGCAGAACAGAGGCUGGCUGAAAAUGAUUGGCUUUGUCAAGAGUUUUUGCAAGUACCGCAGAUUUAUGUCAAAUCCUAGAAGGUGCCUCGAAUUUGUAGAUUAUCUUCACCUGGAAAUGCAAAACAACAAAGAAAAUUUCCCCGCAUCACCCAACAUAUCGGGACAUCCAACCUUGCUCUCCACAAAUGUCCGGAGUGCAGACCAGGAGAAUGGAGAAACAAUCCUUAUGAAGCGCCGUAUAUUUGGCCACAGGAUUAUUAUCAUCAACUUUGUAAUCAAUGAUAUAUAUUUCUUUUCUGAAAUGGAGAAAUUUAACGACUUGGUGAGUUCAGCUCACCUGCUGCAGCUCAACCGGGCAUACAACGAGAAUGACAUCAUCCUCAUGAGGUCCAAAGUUAACAUUAUCCUCAAGCUCUUCCUGAAUUCUGACAUUCCUCCAAAGCUGAGGGUGAAUAUCUCUGAGUCCCAGAAGGACGCCAUCCUUGCUGCCAUCACCGAGGGCCACCUAGAUCAGAACAUCUUCCAUGGGGCUGUCAUGUCUCUCUUCCCCAUCAUUAUGUACUUCUGGAAAAGGUUUUGCUCCUGGAAGGCAAUCCGCGGUUACUUACAGUACAGGGGGAAGAAGUUCAAGGACAGAAAAAGCCCUCCUAAGCCUGCCUACAAGUACCCUCCCUGCAGUGGAGGGGACCACGGUGUCUUAAGGUUCACCUUACUUGGAGGUGUUGAGUGGCUGCGGCCUCAGCAGUGGGAAGUAGCAUCCAGUCCAGUCCAAAAUUCUUCAUCCAGCAACCUUACCCAGCCGAGAUUGGCGCUAUCCACCGUGCAGCUGUGUCCCAUCCAGGGGUAG